AUGGCUUCUACCGCCCUCUUCUUAAUGUUGGCGGUGCAAUUUGGCUGCAUCAUCACCAACACAGGCAAUGGCGAAAGAAUGCCAAAAUUCCCAGCCAUUCUUAUAUUUGGUGAUUCUAACGUUGAUACAGGCAUCAAGGACACUGUCCCACCAUUCCUGCAGCCAAACAUAUCAGAUGCUGAACUACUUACUGGAGUGUGCUUUGCUUCAGCGGGGUCGGGAUAUGACGAGCUUACAACUGCUAUUUCUCAGGUAAUCUCGAUGUUGAAGCAGCUGGAAUUAUUUAAGGAUUAUAUGCAGAGGCUUAAGAGAAUUGUUGGUGAAAAGGAGGCUAGAAGAAUAGGAGCUAAUGCUUUGGUUAUUGUUAUUGCUGGACAAAAUGAUUUCCUUUUCAACUACUACGACAUACCGACAAGAAGGCUUGUAUUCAACAUCACACAGUAUCAAUGUUUUGUGCUAAAUAAGCUGCAAAACUUUGUUAAGGAAUUGUAUGAUCUUGGGUGCCGUAGGAUAAUUGUACAGGGGCUUCCUCCAAUAGGUUGUCUGCCAUUCCAAAUCACAGUCAAGUCUCCAAUUCUGAGAAGUUGCAUAGACAAGGAGAAUUCAGAUGCCAUGUCUUACAAUAACAGGCUAGAAAAACUGCUUCCACAAGUACAGCAAGAACUUCCAGGGAGCAAAAUCCUCUAUGCAGACAUAUACACUAUACUCAUGGAUAUGAUCAAUAACCCAAAAAAAUAUGGUAAACCUUCAAGAUCAGCUAAUCUCUGUUCAUCCAUCGCAUUAUGGAUUUUUCCUUCCUUUCAAUCAAAAUGCUUUUCAAAAAGCUGCCUCGGCAGAUUAUUCUCAAAGUAUCAAUAG